AUUUUUAGAUAAUUAAUGUUUAAUUUGGUAAUAAAUUUUCUUCAGGUCGGUAUUUAUGGUUAUACAGCUUAUUCAGCUAGCAAGUUUGGCCUUAGAGGUAUGGCAGAAGCUUUGCAACAGGAGAUAAUAGCAGACAACAUUCAUGUCUCCCUUAUCUUCCCUCCAGAUACUGAAACUCCUGGAUUUGUGGAAGAGAACAAAAGAAGGCCACAGCUAACCAGUAUCAUAGCGGCUUCCUCUGGUGCAAUGAAAGCUGAUGAAGUUGCUAAAAAAUCUCUUAAUGGAAUCAAAUCAGGCACUUUUAUUGUUCCCUGCAACUUCGAGGGAUUCUUACUUUCUGUUUCAACUGCUGGGUUAUGCCCUCAAAGAUCAUUCUUAAUGGCAUUUAUGGAGGUGGUUACUUCCCCGAUAUUACGUAUUGCUGGUUUAUGUUUCCAGUGGAACUGGUAUGAAAGCAUUGAGAAGUGGCAUGCACAGAAGAAAUAGUAGGUAAGGAAUCCAGAAGUUCUUGAAUUUGUUUGGAUAUGCUGUUGAUUGUAGCACUUGAAUCUGAUAAAGUUGUUAUGGUACCUUCAAUGAAAUCUGAGGAAACACAAUCGUCGAGUAUUUACUACUUUGGAGACAAAACUCUGCUCUUUGAAGUGCCCAUGCAUAUCCUGUUCGACAGAUUGAAUCCUCUCAACUAUUUUUGGCAAAUAUGAAAAUGAUUUCAUUUGCCAAAGGAACAACUGUGAAACUUUUAGUCUCUCUUAUGUAUUGACUUUCUCGAGCUUCUUGAAAUGAUUUGCUGUUAGAUUAUGAUCUCAUUUGCAAUGCUGCCUGCAGGCUGUAAGUAAAUAGAAAAGUUAUUAUAAUUAAAAUGUUAUUCACAACUCUUAUAUCA